AUGGAGGACCCCGAGAAGAAGCUGACCCAGAAGAGUGACAGCAAGCCCCGGAAAGUGCGGUUUCAAAUCUCCUCCUCUUAUAGUGGCCGGGUGUUGAAGCAAGUCUUUGAGGAUGGGCAGGAACUCGAGUCGCCAAAGGGGGAGUACCCUCACAGCUUUCUCCAAGAGUCCCUCGAGCCAAUGGAUGGUGUUUAUGGGUCUGGGGAGGCCCCCAAGCCCCGACUGUGCACCCCUAAGCUGACAGCUCAGAGGAUCAGUGUGUUCAGGGAGGGCAGUGCUUACACUGUGGCGGGCAGCCAGUCUCUCUUCAACGAUUACAAGAUGAAUGACCAUAAGCCCCCACCUAUCAUAGAUUUUGGAAAGAUCAUCAUCUACACAAAUAACCUGAAAAUCAUCCGGACUCCGAUGGACAAGAGAGACUUCAUGAGGAAGAUUCUCCAGAAGGAAGAGGACUCCGAGGAAGAGUCUCUGAUGAGCAAAGAGGAGAACUAUGUAAACAGCACCCGGAGUCCCGGGCCUUUGCCAGAGACGGAAAGCCCCUUCCCCCAUACCCAGUACGCACAGGAAGGGGAGCUUGCUGAGGACAACUGCUUUCACUGCCGAGGGUCGGGCAGUGCCACCUGCUCUCUGUGCCAUGGCAGCAAGUUCUCCAUGCUGGCCAACAGAUUCAAGGAGUCCUACCGGGCCCUGCGGUGUCCUGCCUGCAACGAGAAUGGCCUCCAGCCUUGCCAGAUAUGCAAUCAAUAG